AUGUCGAGAGUCGUUAAUCUUGAACGAUUGAAAAAGUUGUAUGCAACUUUUUCAAUUCCUCAACUAUUAACAGAAUAUAAGAUCGAAGAUAAUGAAUUAAUUCCUAUAUUCAUUGACUCUAAUAAUUUAAUAAUAACGAAUAAUGAACAUUUUACACCAUUAUGGUAUCACGAUAAUACCGAAUUCGAUAGUCGAAACGCUAAUGAAUGGGUAAAAAAAGAUAAUAAUGGAGUUAAUUUACCGGUACCUGCAACUGUUUACUUGCCUACUAAUUCAAAUGAAGAAUUUCCUAAAAGUUACAAUUGGACGAAUGCAAAUGUAAUUGAUUAUAAUUCAAAAUUGAAAAUGUAUUCAGUUGUUGUAUCAAUUAACAAUUCAACCAAAGUAUAUCCCGAAAUACCUAGAAUACAAAUACACUUUAAAGGAGAAGAUCCUAGAGAAUUCGUUAAGAGAAUUAAAUAUGCGAUUUUAAGACGAGAUUAUUGUGAAGAUAUUUAUAGGUGGUCAAUAUAUAUUAAUAAAGUUCUACUUGAUAAACGUUCCAAGUCUAUUUCAGACGUAUUACAAAAUGAUACGAUUAAAAAAAUAUUGCAUUUAGUAUUUAAGAACCAAACAUUCAAAGAACUGAAGAUAAAUAAAAACAUCAUGGUUGAACAAAUUAAUAAAGUUUAUCAAGAAUCAUGCCUAUCUAUAAGACUUCAAUCAUUAAAAUCUAUAUCUAAAGACCAUCAUAAUACCUUGAAAAUACCAAAUUUUGAUUUUGAACAGUUUAUAAGAAAGCCUGCACAAUCAACUGAUGUAAUGGAUAAAAAAAAAGAAUUUUUAAAUAUGCGUGAAAAAUUUAAUAGAAAAAAUUUAUUAGAAUUACCUGAAGUUUAUACAUCUCUCUGUGAAUCCAACACAGAAAUUACAUUGAUAAAAAAAAUACAAUUAUUAUUCACAGAUUUUAAAAUCACUGUAACACUAGACGAAUUUGAAAAAACACAAUUAAACAAUAUUAUUGAUACUUUUAAUUUGCUUAAGAACUCGUGGAUAAAAGAAAUUGCUUUCAAAUGUCAUACAGCGUUAGUAAAUAUAAAAACAGGUUGGUUUGACAUUUCAACAAGUAAAAUUAAAAUUUAUGAAUCAUCGAACAACAAAUUACAAAAAUUAAUGACACUUAUUACGCAUAUGAUGGAAGAACGUCUAAAACUAAUGGUGUUAAAUUCAGCAAAAAAUUAUACUAUACUAAUCGAGCAACCUUGCAUUCCAAUGAAAGGUAUUAAUGAUAACUUUGCUUGGGGUAGUAAUUUAAAUAGAUCACCGUUUGAAGAAUGCGCACCUCCGUUAUUUUCUAUAAUACUCAAUAUGAAUGAAAAUGGAGCAUUUUACUCUAGUGAUCCAGAUAAAUUUGAACCAGUUAUUGUAAGCUUAUUAAAACGCAUGGUACUUGAAAGCCACGAGAUACCAACUAUUCAUCCACAUUUACUCACGAACUUAACAUUUUUCGAAAAACCUUAUUUAACGUCAAUAGGGCUAAUUGAAACCAAAAUCACUGAACUACAAACUAUUAUUGAAAAUAGUAUUCGCUUAGCUAUUAUUCCAUUAAAAUCAUACUGCAAAGAAUUUAAUAUCCAUUUACAUUUAUUUAAUACGGAUGUCGUUUCAUAUGUAAAGAAAUUCUUUGAUGGUAAUCCCUCACUAAUCAAAAUUAAAGAAGAAAUAUCAAUGCAAAUAAAAAUGAAGUUAAACCUAGAGAAGACAUUUCCUGAGACUAUCACUAUUGGUUUAUUUUUCAUAAAAAUUGAAUCAUUGAAACAAUUAUUAAUAAAGAAACGGAUUGAAUUAGCAGACUUAAUCAUGAAAACACAUGCAAGUUUAAUGACUGAUAAAAUAAAAAUGCGCUGCGCAGAAUACAACAGGAUGUAUCUGAGGCUUAUUGAAGUUCCAACAACAGCAGAACAAGUGUUUGAAAUAAAAGAAUGGAUAGAUACAUUGCCAAUUUUAAUUAGCGAACAGUCUGAAAUUGUAAGACGAUUAUUAAAGGAAAUGGAUAUGUUGGAUACCUUUUUCUGGAUACUAGAAGAUGAACAGCUGAAAUUAAAAUUUGACUCCCAAAUUUGGCCUUAUAAGAUUCAGCUAAGAAUAAAAGAGUUUAUGGAAAAUGUAGCAAUAAAUAUUGAGAAAUUUGAGAAAAUUCAAAUCGAAGAUGAAUUAUUAUUACAAGAUAAUGUAGAAUACUUAAGUAGUGUUAUUUUAAAGUUAACUAUUGAAAAUAAUUUGUCAAAAGUGAAUGAGAUUACAGUAGAAGUAAACAAAAAUUGGAAACUAAUCAAAGACCUUCAAUUAACUAGCCAAACAUUAAACCUAAGACAAAAGCUUUUUGGUCAUACGAUAACACCCUUUGAAAACGUUGAGCAUUUAGUGAACGAAUUUGAACCAUAUAAAAUAUUAUGGCAAAGUGCUUCAGAGUUUUUCAAAUUACAAAGUGCUUGGACGCAAAAUCCACUAAUAAACAUAGAAAAAUCUACAAUAGAACCUUUGUUAAACAAUUUGUUAAAUAUUGUCACAAAAUCUGUAGAACAAUUCGCCGAAAUACCUGGUACUUUAAGUGUAGCUAAUGAAAUAAAAACACAAAUCGAAGAGUAUUUUCCAAUGGUACAUUUAUUGAAUUAUAUACUAACUCAAGGGAUGAAGCAGAGGCAUUGGGAUAUAUUUGCUGAUAAAACUGGUAUAAAUAUUAUACUAUCACCAUCACUGACUUUUAAAAAAUGUUUGGCAUUGGGUGUUCAUGACUAUCAAGAAGAGAUAAAACAAAUAUCAGAAAAUGCUUCAAAUGAAUAUACAAUUGAAAUAGCUUUAAAUAAAAUGACAGAUGAAUGGAGCGGUGUAAAAUUACAAUUACUGCCUUAUAAAGACAUUAAUAUUUCAACAAUAUCAGAUAAAGAAUUACAAAUGCUUGAUGAUCAUAUUUUGGUUACUCAACAGCUAUCUUUAAGUUCAUUUAAAGGAAUAUUUGAAGAACCAUUAACUAAAUGGGAAGAAGAAUUAAGACUUUCAAAAGAUGUUAUUAAAGAAUGGAAUGAAUUUCAAAUGAAAUGGCUGUAUUUAAAAUCAAUAUUCGAAAAUCCAGAUAUUAAAGAUCAAUUUCCUGUGGAAAAUAAAAAAUUAAGCUUAGUUGAACGAAUAUGGAAACGAAUAAUGAAAAUUACUUUAAAUAAACCUUGGGUUAUGAAGACUUGUCCAGAUAAACGAUUAUUGGACCAAUUAAUCAGUGGCAACAUUCAACUCAAUAAAGUUCAAAAAGCAUUUGAAUUAUCUUCUGUAGUUUAG